AAUAGCUGGAAAGUGUAUAUUCAAAAUCAACAUUUUAGGAAAUAUUUCCUAAUUACAACGAAGGAAGCAAAGUAAUAAGAUCAGGUUUGGAAUAAUGAUGCGCCUAGUUUUACUCAGUGUUAUCUCAGUCUUUUUAUUGGUGGAUUACGCUAAAGCUGAACUGAUAUGUUACCGCUGGACUGAAGAAGACAUCAAAACGAUGGGACCAAGUCGUACCAUAGAGACUGAAAGAAAUCAUUGCGAAGGUGUCUUAGGUCAUACAUAUACAGAAACUUUUGUUGAAUGUGGGGAAUGCUCGUGUUGUCAACAAGUUUUAGUAUGUCACGAUUGGACUGAAGAAGACGACAAGGCAAUGGGAUCAAGUCGCUCAAACGAGGAUGAAAAAAAAUAUUGUGAAAGUGUCUUAGGCUAUACGUGGACACAAGGGGAUAAUGCAAAAUAUCCAGAAUGUGGGUUAUGCUAUUGUUGUAAACCAAAAAGUUAAGGUGCAAAUAUGGUUACUUCAAGCAAAGAGCAAACUCUUUUCUGGACUAAAUAGGUGAUUGAUUUCAUUUAAGUGUAAAUCAUAACUCUUUAAUAAAUAAUAAGAAUUUA